GCAGCAGCAGUGUUCCUCCAUGGAAGAGGCAUGCUUUCCUCUAUACUUUAGAUUUGUGUCAUGGCUAAACAGUACGACGUUUUGUUCAGGCUGCUGAUGCUCGGAGACUCGGGGGUCGGGAAGACGUGCAUGCUGCGCAGGUUCACGGAAAGUGACUUCGAUCCUACACAUAUUUCCACCAUCGGAGUUGAUUUUAAAAUGAGAACACUAGAACUAGAUGGCAUCAAGGUGCGAGUACAGAUAUGGGACACGGCAGGUCAGGAACGUUAUCAGACCAUCACCAAACAGUACUACAGGCGUGCACAGGGUAUCAUCUUUGUAUACGACGUCACAUGCGAAUCGUCCUUUCAGCACCUAAUGAAGUGGGCCAGUGAUGUGGACGAAAAUGCCCCAGACAAGGUGCAGAGGAUCUUGGUAGGAAACAAGUCUGAUGAGGAGCUCAGGAGGCAGGUGACGAAGGACCAAGGAAGCAAGCUAGCAGAAACCUAUGGGAUGGAGUUCUUUGAAACCAGUGCUUCCACCAGCACAAACAUUACAGAGGCCUUCACUCGCGUGACAGAACUGGUGCUGCAGGCUCACAAGAGAGACGUAGAUAACUUGUUGGGCUCUCUGGAUGAUUAUCUGGAGAAGGCCGAUUUAGAAGAAGAGAAAGGCAUCGAAAACACCGACGACAAUAACACUCCGAAGACCUGCGCCUGUUAGAAGGAGGGGCAAUCACAGUACUAUGACUCAUGCUUUAACUUAAGACAUAUUUUCCCCACUUUGACUUGACUCAGCCCUCUUCCGCCUUCUUCGUAGAUACUGUGACCUGUUGGCCAGAAGGGUGCUCAAUUGGUUUCACUUUUAGUAAGUAGGUGAAAUGGUAAAUGCAGUUAGCAGCAGCGACCAGCAGAGGGCUGUUUCUGCUGAUCAUGAUCACUGGACCCUGUAUCCAGUGAAGAGUAUGUCUACAGUGUAUUUGCUCCAUCAAAACUAACAAUGCACAUGCUCUCUUUAUGUUCCCUUGUGAAAUGCACAAUACAUGUACAAAUUGAUUGGUGACAUGUGGAUCCAUAUCCAAGAAAUCAGUUUGUUAAGUUGCUGGUCCGUGAUGAUCUUGUAACUGCUGUCUAGCAGACAUACGCAGGCUGUUUUUAACAGUUUAUCCUUUCACACAUGAUUCCUCUUUGCCAGUUGGAGCUGAAUUUUUUUUGUCAAGCACUAUUUGUCAUGGUUUGUUUUAUGAAAUGCUACUGGCAUUUGCUUUUGAGUUGUUAUAUACAACAAGGUAGCCAGAGGGCAGAGUUGAAUUAUUUAAACCUCAAAAUGCGAACCAAGCAGGGGUGGGUUCUUUUACACAAUGGGCUUAUUUCCUCAAGGGAGACAGUGUUGUGCCAUGUUCAGUGACCUUUUCUGAAUGCAGUGCAUGUUUGUUUACCAUCCUGAAUAUAUAUGUAUAUGUAAGUUUGUGUUAUGAAUGUGACUUUCAUUGCCUACUGUAUGUUACACAUUUAAGCAGUGUUACAACUGCUUCAAAUAAUGUUUGUCAGGGUUUGCUGAGGUGCCACAAAUAUGUAUUUUUAACAUUAUGUAUAAAACUCAAGGA